AUGGGACAGGUUCUCAGUUUCACCAGUAUAUUCUCAAAGCUAUGGGGCGUGCAGAAAGAAAUCCGGAUUCUAAUCUUAGGUUUGGACGGUGCUGGCAAAACCACCAUUCUUUACCGCUUGCAAAUGGGCGAGGUGGUGACAACCAAACCGACCAUUGGCUUUAAUGUUGAGACGUUAAAGUACAAGAACUUGACCUUGAACAUCUGGGAUUUGGGUGGACAGACCUCUAUCCGGCCGUACUGGAGAUGCUACUAUACCAACGCUGCGGCUGUGAUUUUCGUGGUGGACUCCACAGACAAGGAUCGUAUUGACGUGGCCAGCAAAGAGCUUCACAUGAUGCUCAAAGAAGAGGAAUUACUAGAUAGCGCGCUUCUCGUCUUUGCCAACAAACAGGACCAGCCGGGUGCUUUAACAGCUGCCGAAGUAUCGCAGACUCUCAACUUGACAGAUUUGAAGGAUCGUAGCUGGAGUAUUGUUGCUUCAAGUGCCAUCAAGGGCGAGGGGCUAACUGAAGGCUUGGACUGGUUGAUGGACGUGAUCAAAGACGAGCAAAUGUGA